AUGGGCGUUAGAAAUCUUAUCAGACAAAUUAUUCAUUCAGAAGCUUACAUUAGAAGUACUAAAGAUCAAAAGGUAAUUGAAAUUUACGACGACUGUGCCAGAGAUACAGGUAGCAAAUGCAAAUAUUAUUUACUGAUUUUGUUUAUAAUCACGAUGCUGUACAUUCUCAGACCAGUGUUUCUUCACGGCUAUUACAUUUCUAGUGGAAAUUCAACAUAUUUUAUUAAAAAUCUACCGCUAUCCUCUUGGUUCCCCUUUGAUGAACAGGUCUACUAUUUGACCGCAUAUGUCUGGCAUAUAUUUGAUAGCCUAAUUGGAGCUUCUUUUGUAACGUACACGGAUAUAUUGAUGUUUAGUCUUAUAGUGUAUCCAACUGGACAAAUUAGGAUCCUACACCAUGUCCUUAAGAAUUUUAGUACGUACAUGGAUAAUGUAAAGAGGUUGAAUAACAUUGAAAACGAUGAAGAUGCUUCUUAUACGACUUUUCGUGAAUGCAUUAGGAGGCAUAAGGAAAUUAUAAGAUAUGUGGAUAAUUUUAAUGAAAGCAUGAGUAUUUUAAUGAUAUUCGAUUUUCUACAAAGUUCCCUACAAAUAGCUACCAUUUUAACGCAAAUUUUAGGGAAUCCAAUAUCGCUAAUGUUAGUACUAUUCGUUGGAGCGUUUUUUCUUGGGAUGAUCUUAAGAUUGAUUCUCUAUUAUUAUUAUGCAAAUGACGUCAUUGUGUUGAGUAGUGAGUUGGGAGUGGCUAUAUGGGAAAGCAACUGGUACGAGCAGCCACCCAAAGUAAAGUUUAUGAUGCAUGUGUUUAUGAUGAGAUCACAGAAAGCGUUAAAACUUUUUAUUGGUCCAUUUAGCGUUAUGUCUCUAGAUUCGUUUAUUGCUAUCCUGAAAGCGACAUAUUCAUAUAUAAUGUUGAUGUAUGGUGUGAAUUAAGGUUUUCUAUAAUCAAGAGUUCAACAGUGGUUUUAAGAGUAGCCUCUAUUACACUAGAUUCGCUUCACAUAUCUAUUAGUGCUUAUAGAUGUGCUUAUUAAUAAUUAUAGUGUUAAAAUUUAUCUGUUAGUAACUAUAUCUCAUAUUAUAAAGGUAGCCGCACACAUACAGUUUUUCCUCGAGAUAAAAGUUGUUAAAACCAUUAGGUUGUCGGAGGGCUGCACACUGCACAGUCUACAAAAUCUUUAUCGAAAACUAUUGUGAAUAACUGUGCUAUACAGGGUGAGUCUUAAAUAAGUGCAAAUAUUUUCAGAGCUGGUAGAUCUCGAUAAAAUAAACAUAUUUUCGCUUUGCCGUUUUUCAAAUAAAUCUAAAAUAACCGAGAUAUUUUACUUUGAAAAUUUCCCCCAAAAAAUUAUUUUUUGUCAAAAUUUUGAGAACCACAGGAUCUUUUCUGGAUUUCUUCCUUGUAAAUUUAAACUACUACCUAUUUUGCGGCCAUAUUAUCAACAAAUUAUAUUUUUUAACUAAAAACUAAAAAAAAUUGGGGUCGAUAUAUACUACCCCUAAAAAUAUUUGUACUUAUUUAAGACUCAACCUGUAUAGACGAGUCACGAACUAACGUAAAAUCUCCGUGUGUGGGUCAUCCGAACUUGAAAAAAAAUCUUCAAGACGUCUACUGCGGCGUUAUGUCUUGAGGAAAAACCUUGCGUGUGUGGCUAGCUUAAUACUUUUAAAUUUUAUUAGUGUAUUUUACGAGUAUAAGAUACA